AUGCCUCGACGACCCCCUCGUGAGUAUUACGAGGAGGAAGUCAAAAAAGCAGCCGCAGAAGGCCCGCGAGAUCGAGAUCGCCAUUCCCACCGCUCAAGACGCCAGCGCAUCGUCGACGAUGACUCCGACUUCCGCCGUCGAUUGUCCGUCCCUCCCCUGGAGGAGUUGGAACGGCUCAAUCUUCGUGCUCCAUCCCCGCCCGAUUUCACGCGUGAGAGUUUCGGGAGUCAGAGAGAGAGAGGCCCUGGCCCUGGCCCUACCAUGACUAUGAGACGGGAGAAGGAGAGGGAGGAGAAAAAGAAGAAGAAGCCGGAUAUGGCACCACCGCCGCCGCCACCACAACCACCACAGCCACCAUCACUACAUCCUCGGGAGAGAGUUAGAAGGGAGAGGGAUGAACGGGUGUUCCGGGGUCGACCGCGACGGCUUAGGGAAGCUGAGAGUGACGAGUCGAGCUCAGAAGAGGAGGAGAGUAAGAGUGGUUUGACGGAUUAUUCGGACGAUGAUGGGAUGUUUGCGAGGAAGAGGGAGGCUGCGAUGCCGCCGCCUCCUCCUCCACCGGCACCACCACCGUUGGAAUAUGAUAGUGAUGAGGAGUUUGAACGACGAAAGAAAGCUCCGAGAUUUGCGAGGCCUCCGACGUCGCCGUCUGUACCAACGCCGAUGGGAUUUGACAGUGACGAUGAAUUCGAACGGCGUACAAAGAGAGUUCCGAGAAAUGGAAUGCCGCCACCACCGCCGCCACCAGAAGCACCACCGUUGGGAUUUGACAGCGAUGAUAUAUUUGAACGGCGUACUAAAAGGGCCCCGAGGGCUGCGAUGCCACCGCCGCCUCCAGCAGCACCAUCGCCAAUGGCAUACCAUAGUGAUGAGGAAUUUGGACGACGUGGUAAGAAAGUUCCCAGGUCUACAAUGCCUCCACCACCGCCGCCGUCUGUACCGCCACCGAUAGCAUACGAUAGUGAUGAAGAAUUUGGUCGACGUGGUAGGAAAGCUCCGAGAUCUGCGAUGCCUCCGCCGCCGCCAUCUGCACCAACGCCGAUGGAAUACGAUAGCGAUGAGGAAUUCGAGCGCCGUGAUAAAAGAGCGCCGAGGAAAGGGAUGCCGGCACCAGCAGCACCGCAAUUGGGAUACGACAGCGACGAUGAGUUUGAACGGCGUAUCAAGGGAGUCCCGAAGUCUGCGAUGCCACCUGCACCACCUCCGCCUGCUCCUCCGGGAGCAUAUUAUAGCGAUGAUGAAUUCGACCGACGUGAUAAGGGACCUCCGCCUCCGAGUGCAAUGCCGCCAGAAUUGGAUCAUGGAAUUGGAGCUUUCUUCCCUGGGCCUCCUCGCAGGGACAGUACCAGAGGGGGUUACGAAAGAGGACAUCCAAGGGAUCAGGGCAUGUUUCGUCCUUUGGAACGCCCUCAUAUGGAAGUGCGGCGACCUGCAACUCUCGAUUCUACAGAAACUACGGAUGGUGAUGAUAGUGAUGACAGCGAUGAUGAAGAAGAGGAAGAGGAGGAAGAAGAACAUCCUGCCGUUCAAAAAGACCGACGAGGACCUAGCAAAAAGGAGGAAAUCGAGAAGAUAAUCAAGAUGCAAGAGACGUCAUCAUCGUCAUCAUCUGAAGAAGAGCCGCCUGCUAGAAUGUCUCGAUCUGCUCGAAUGCCGCCAAAGCAUCGAGAUGCAGCCCCUCGCAGAGCUGUAGAUGAGGGUACGGAUCUUGCUGACCUGCACAACCGACUCGACAGAAAUACUAAUGUCUCGCUAGAUGAAUGGACUCUACCUCACGUUCCCACCCCGGAACUUCAUUCACCAAGUAGCUUUGAGGAGCUGGAGACCCAUCACCGAAGCGCACCUCCCCUCCGCGAGGUCGUUGUUGAGCGACGAAAAGACGGCACUCCCCCUGUACGCCACAUAUCACCAGAGCCAUUGUCCCAGCGAGGAAACGGGGGUGUCAACAUCGCCCACGCUCUACCCCAACCCCUUGAUCGCGAACGAGACCUGGUGAUUCUAGAACGAGAACAACACCGACGGAAUAAAGAUCUGCAAGAGGAAGUUGACCUCGUCCGGGGAGAUCUUAGCCGACGCCCCGAGCACUUUUAUUCCGAAGUCGGUAGCUCUAGUCAGGAGAGACGGCGGCGACGCAAAGGAGAGCGGAAGCCCAAGGUUAUCGCGGAAGACACCGAAGAGACGGAAGAUGACGCGGAUCGCAAAGGAGGCAAGGUCGGACGACGAUAUAUCGGAGUCAAGAGCCGACAAGAACGACUGUGGACGGAAAUAACAAAGGACCUUGUGGUGAAGGAAGCGAUCGAGCGGGUAGGAUAUGAAUAUGACGAGACGGAGCUAUACUACUACAUAUUUUCGUACCUUCAAUAUGAGGAUAUCUCCGCUCUCGUUGAGCUGUCCGAAGAGAUUCGCCGUGCCCGUCGGAGGCGAAUCCAUGAGAUCCAACGCGAGCGCGCUUCCUUGCCUCCUCCCCCACUGGCACCAAUAGCCGAUAAACCAGGCUCCCUAUUAGUCGAGCAGCCCCCGCCGCCCCGGUAUUGGCCUCGGAGAGAGCACUGGAUGCCGGAGCGGGAAAUGAUUCUAGACGACAGUCGGCGGCGACUCCCUCCCGGGCGAUCCGGAAGAUGGUAA